AAGCACGAGUCAUAUAGUCUUUUGCUUCGCUGGCGUGAGAAUGUAGUUGUGGGUGAGCUCUAAAGCUGCCACGUAGAGCGAGCUGCACAAACGUGUAAGCUUCGUGGCCUUGAAGGAGGAAAAUUCAGCACCAUUCUCUUCUCUUCUCACAUACCACCACAGCUUUGUUAGAGAGAGAGAGAGAGAGAGAGAGAGUAAUGGAAGAGAUCAGGUCGUCGCCACCGCCAACAGCCGCAAGUACCACGGAGAGAGAACAAAAAAUGUCAGCGACGUCACGGUUGAAGAAGGAUUGUAGUUGGUUCGCAGUUUCAGUGCAAGAGGGUUUUAGCUAUGUCAAAGCCUUCUUCUUUGGCCUGGCGAAAAAAAUGACGGCAAAGAAGGAGAGGGAAGCGACUGAAGCUGAUCUAAAGGCUGCUAAGAUGCAGGUUGAAGCUACUGAUGCUGCCGAGGAAACCAAGAAGAGACUUGACAAAUCUAUGUAAUUGACUAAUUGUUGUACACAAAAUUUGUAUUAUUAGAAAUGACAAAUUAAUGAAAGUAUGUUUUUGGCUUUCAUAAAAAAAAGGGGAAAUAUGGAGGCUCAUUACCAAUGAGGAAGGAUGAUAUGGUGUUGCAAAUCUUAAUUUAUUUAGGAUGAUUUUGUCAUGAAAGUG